UCCUGUUGACUGCGGAAAACAAGAGGAAACGUUAUAAAUUAGGCAAACCACUCCUUCCAGCUCAGAUCAUUUUGCAACAAUCAAUAUCACAGACAUGAAGUUUAUCCUGGAAGUGACCUUUUUGGUAGCAUUGGGCUCAGUUUGCACGGCCCAGUUCAAUCCGUGGUUCGACGAGACGGAAAGCAACGUUGCUCUUCGGCAUCCCAGACCACCCUUCACCGCUGGAUCCCCACCACCAGCUGGGGUUUCCGUUCCAACCCGGAAGCCUCCCACCGCACUUGCCACCCAAGCGCAAGAACAACGAGUCGUUAGUUUCCAGAACCGUUCGCUGGAGCGACUAUUUCAACGAUCCUUCACGGUGGAUACUCCUGUCGAGUUCCAGGAUGCGGUUGUUCAUCUGUACGUUCGCAGCCAACGGGAACUGGACCUCUGCGCUGAGUUUCUGUGGGAAACUCAUCUGCUGAAGGAAUAUCGACGAUGUGCGUCCGUAACACAGCGCGCCAUCUGGCGACAGGUGCAGAUCUUGAAAGAAGAUAUCCGCGCGCUGACUCUGGCGGACUACGAAUAUGGAGAUUACUGAGCAGUUGUUAACUGCUCAAUUUAUUGAUUAGGCAAUGUCGCUUCUCCAAAAUGUCGCAUAAGAGCAUGAAAUUAAGAUUUAUUACUAAAAAUAUGAACUCACUUUAAAGACUGA